GGAACGGCGCCGAUUUAUUCCCUUAGACCGAGCCUGAUCUCCCCCGGCGUUGUUUGUGCAGCGUACUGCGAUGUGCCCAACCCCUCCUUCCCUCGGCGCCGGCCCGAGCACCUGCCGGUCUCCAAACGUCACCAGGCUCCGGAUAUAAAGAGCGGCCGAUAAAGCAUCUCCCCGGCUCCAUCUCUGCGAGCGGCGCAUCUUCAGGGAGCGAGCCAUACGCGGGCGCAAAGAUGUUUUAUUCGGGUAUCCUGACAGAGCCGAGCAGAAAAGAAGUGGAGAUAAGGGAAGCGGCGUCUCUCCGCCAGCAGAGGAGGAUGAAGCAGGCGGUUCAGUUUAUUCACAAGGAUUCUGCAGAUCUCCUCCCUCUGGAUGGGCUGAAGAAGCUGGGGACUUCGAAAGAUACUCAACCACAUAAUAUCCUGCAGAAACGCCUGAUGGAGACAAACUUAUCAAAGUUACGAAGCAGCCGAGGCUGCUGGUCUCCGAAGGGUGAUAUCCCACCACAGACCAACAAGCUGAAUCAAACCAAACUGGGAAGCUCAGAAAAAACGGAGGAUGAAGAGCUCAUAAUAGUGAGCUGCCAGUGUGCAGGGCAGGAGCUGAAGGCUGUGGUGGACACUGGCUCACAACACAACCUCAUGUCGUCUGCCUGCCUGGACAGGUUAGGGUUAAAGGAGCAUCUCAGAGCUCUCCCUGCCGAAGACGAGAUGGCUUCGUUGCCGAACAAGGUGAAAGCCAUCGGCCAGGUCGAGUGUCUCGCCCUCACGGUGGGAGCGGUUCCCGUGGAGUGCACUGCCCUCGUCGUGGAAGACAAUGAGAAACCCUUCUCCUUUGGGCUGCAGACACUGAAGUCUCUGAAGUGUGUCAUAAACAUGGAGAAGCACCACCUUGUUCUGGGGAAGACGGACAGGGAAGAAAUCCCAUUUGUGGGCAGUGACAGCGCUGUGGCAGGAGAGCAGUAA